AUGGCUGAUCUGCUGGAGACGCCUUCCAGGCUGCUGAAGCGAGUUCAGCAAUACGAAGACGUGGACUUGCCAUCGCUCCCUAGCAUCAGCCAUGACGUUGACUGCGAUCAAACCACCGAGUAUCCAGAUCCCGACGACAGUGUGACAUCCGGCAAUGAGGUACGUUGGGACAAGCAGUUCCACCAUGCUGAUGGUCAGGAAUGGUCUACCCCUCAGGUGGGUCGCCCAUUCCCCUCGCCACCCACUGGGCUCGACACCGCCACUACAGGCCGGGGCUCAUACGCUCACAAACGAAGCCCCUUGGCCGUAAAUGACUCGUUUUCAGACUUCCACUCGUCUCCCCAAAGGCAGCUCAGCGACGACGAGCCGUCCUUUCUGGCGGACUUGUCAAAAUCACGCAACGUCCUGGACAGGUCUUCCGUGCCCAUUACCUACGACUCGGACUUUUUGGAAGAUAGUCUCGCGUCCCAAAGGCUUCCUGCCACCUCUGCAGAUGUGGAGUCUGGCUCAGGCCUGUCUCUCCGUGACUCAACUGCUGAGACAUCCACCACUUCGGUGAUGGACACUCCACUGCCUCGUCACUACCAACGCAAAGCGACCUGUCAAACCCACUCGGUCGUUCCCGGUCUGGGGCUAGGACCUGAGACCCGUAUCCCCAGCCUGACUCGCAGUGAAAUGUCUGGCACCGACGACCAGGAGGCUACCACGCCAGACAGUCACGACCGAGUUCUCGAUACCACUUCCGUGCAUGCCCACGACCUUACAGCGGCGAGCACUGGCUCUCUCGAUGGGGCCGAUCUCAGUAAUGUCGACCAGACGCAGCAAUCCCAGGGGCAGGAGGUCAAACCGGUUUCCACUUCCAGUCGUACCGUUACGCCAGCAAUCAUGCGCUUCAUGGACACACCGGAUACCGCUGUGCGGGCAGCUGCCACACCCUUCGGCGUCGGAGCUGCUCUCAGAGACGUGACGCGCAGACAUGCCAACAACGCGGUGGCCCCCAGCACUCCCUUCACGCCUACUGUCGACUAUAACAAGACACCUCGUGCGGCUCUCGAUGACGCAGAGCGUCGAAAGAACCACGUCUUGUCCGUGCUGGCUUCGUCGACUUUGCCCUCUCGAGUCAAGCGAUUCACCCCUCAUCCCCGCCGCCAUCUAUCAGUGGGCCCUGGGGCCGAAUCAAUCGCAGAGGAGAUCUCGCUGCAGAGCAAGCCCGGAGACGACAGUCGAUCGGGGAAUGAUUCCUUCAUUUCUGUUGCAUCAUCUCAGGACCUAACGCCCGACCGUCGAGGAUCUAGAGCCUUCAAUCAAAGAGCCAAUACAUCUGUUCCCAACAUCCUCUACUCGGGUGCGGUAUCCUCGAGCCCCGGUGUAUCACAUCUGGACAACAGACCUGAUACUGUCAAAAUACAAAAGCACCUCAACAUGAUGAACCAGCAACUGCUCGACAACAAUGCUGAUCUGGCGAGGGAAGCGGAGGAAUGGAGGAGCGAGUGUACGCGCCUUAUCGGCAUCAUGCGAGACGCGGGAAUCCAGAUCGACGACGACGGUAACGUUCUGGGCGACCUACCGAAGCUUCGCGGAGAUGGAGACAGCCUUGACCUUGCAUCGGAAGCAGACACCAGCCGCCGGGCGGAUGGGGAUGCCCUGACUGAACUGAACAAAGUUCUGAGGGUUGAAGUGGAGGAGAAGGAAGAGGAGAUUGCCAGGCUGCGGAACGCGAUGGCGGCGCAAGGCGACGCGGUAGCUCUGAGAAGGGAGCUGGACGAAUCUCGCAGAGCACACGAUGCCCUCAAGGCGGAGUUUGCUCAGAAAACCAAGGACCACACCUCGCAGUUCACAGAAAUCUGUACCGAGUUUGAAGCGCAGGUUCAGCAGCUGGAAGCUCAGGUUCAUGAGCUAGCGACAGCCAAGGCUACUGCUCUGCCGGCUGAGGACUAUGAGACCGAACGAACAGCCCUGCAAGAACGUAUACAAUGCCUAGAGGGGGAUCUCGGACGAUCAAGGGAUGAGAUUGCUCAGCUUAGGCUGGAGAGCGAAGGGCGCGUGCGCAAAUCUCAAGAGGCGGACAAACUCGCCUCAGAGCUCCAGGAGCGCCUGUCCGAGCUGGAACAUGCCAAGAGCGCUGCAGCCCAUGCCUUGGAGGAGUCCGAAAGGGCACAUGCAACAGUGUGUGCGCAACGUGCGGCCGCUAUCGAAGAGGUCGAAGAGCUCCGACGUCACCUCGAGGACUUGAAUCGUGUUGUGGCGACCAACCGGGCCGUCAUGGAGGAUCAACGCGAGUCGUUGAACAAUCUAGAGGAAUUGGCUGGCCAGGAGCACAAGGACCUUGAGGAAACGCAGAGGCUGCUCAAGGACGCCCGACGUGAGCUCAGCGAAAUCAACUCUCGACUACUGGACAGAGAUCGGGACAUCGAGAGUCUCCGUGCCCAAGCCGAUGUCGCAAAUCUUGAGAAGAGCGCCUUCCUUGAAGAAGCGACGACGGAAGCGGAAAACAGUGUCAUCGUGGCUCUGGAAGGCAAGUUGGAAGCAGCGUAUAAGGAGAUUGGCCGAUUGAAGCAUGAAGUCCACAGCGCUCCGAUCCACCAGGCCACACUUGAAGCCCGUGACGCGCGCAUCUCCGCUCUGGAGACAGAGAAACUGGCGCUGAUGGAACGCCUGAAAGCCCAGGAGGUUUCCAGCCCCGCUCGUUGGUCCAACUCCAUGAUGACCUCAACCCCGAUGCACAAAACCGUCUCUUCGCUGAAGUACCCGAACACGCCAGGACCCCUCAAGGACAUCUCCUGGCUUCAGACAACCAUCGGGGACUCCAAUGAGAGCAUACUGCGCAUGCAACUUGAACACUUGCAGCAUGAGCUCGACAUCGCGAACUCUCAACUCGAUCGCAACUUUGGACGCCUUGAGGAAGCUGGGCUCAGUGCUGUUGACCUGGCGGAGAAGCUUGCUGCCGCGAACACCAAGAUUGCCGUACUCCAGGAGGAGCUCGCGCUUCUGGCUCGGGAAAGCAAGAGCUCCACCGCCGCAGCCUCCGCUCAUCAUGACCGUAACGAGCGUCUGGAGAAUGCGCUUGAGACACUCCGUGAACAGAUGGCCAUUCUGAAGGACGACAUGGGUCGUGAGAGGGAACGCUUGCAAGACGAUAAUCGCCGCCUCCGGGUUAUGCUCGCAGAUCUGCAGUCGAAAGCAGGUGAGGAGAUAGAAGCGUUGAGAGUGGAGAUCGCGCAGGCUCAACGGGAAGCCGAAGAUCAGUUUACAGAGUACCAGGAGCGCUUGCAAGCUAUGCGCGAUGAGAGAGAUGGUAUUGAUGCGCUGCGCACUGCGAAAGUUACCGUCGACGCUUUGCAACGCGACCUUGAAGACGCCCAGACUGCGGCAAACGGCGCGGAGGUUUACAAGGCGACUGUGCGGGAACAGACAGAGAGACUGGCGGGCCAGCAGAGCACCAUCUUAUCUGCGCAGAGGUCUCUGAAGGAUGCUGAACAAGCGGCUGAGGAACUGCGCGCACAAUUGCGAGUUCAAACCGAGGAGUUGGAGGGUUCGCGGAACGACGUCCUCGCCCUCGAAAUCGAGCGAUCUAAACUCGCUCGCGAGCUUCGUGACUUUACCGAGGACCUCAAGAUCCAUCGGCGAGAGUCUUACAAGUUCGGAUCUGAGCUAGCAGCCUUGCGCGAUGCACAGGCUGCGAAGGAAGCUACAUACGCCGACGAGGUCGGAAGCCUAAAUCAGCAACUCUCAGGGCUCCGAGAAGAGCUGUUGGCGGCCAAUCAAUCUGCCAACGAAGCUCGUGGUUGUCAUGAACGUUUAUCACGGGAGCUCGCGACUCUACAAGCGACAUCCCAAGACUCUUCAGUGGAACAACGGCAAAAGUACAAAGUGCAAACGCGACGUCUCUCUGCUCAGAUCGAAUAUUUGAAGGCGAAGUACACGAGGGAGAAUACGUUCCGUAACGCUUUGGCCUUACAAAAGAGAUUCCUCCUUCUCCUAGUUGGCGGUAUGAGCCUAACCUUCGAUGGGCUACGAGCGCCCGACACCAACGCGACCCAAGCUGCGCCUGAAAACGGUCGCUAUAGCAGUGCUAUCCGUGGUCAGGGCCAGCCCGAGGGGAUGACAGAUGCCACAACACACCGACUUUCGAUUUCAUCCAUACCCAACAAGUGUUCGACUUUCGCCAUGGGCAGUCGUGGGCCUAUGCUCCCAAACAGGCGUCCAGCGCCGGGAGCCUACGACCUUUUCCCUCAAGAAUCCGUCAGCUCUUGGCUAGAUGGCUUGCAGGCUAAGAUUCGAGCUGGACUGAGUGGCGAGGAGCCGGCCAACCCGAAUCGCCCUUCAUCACCACUGCGCGCGUACUCUCCUGGAACUGUCGAUGACCCCGAAAGAGAUACGACGGCUAAUGGUUAUGCGAGUGAGGCGUACAAUCCCAGCGACCAAGUGAUAACACGUCCCUCCGCUGAGGUCAGCGACGGGACGGCUGCGCCUGGCGUAGGACCGUGGGCGGUGGCAGAGUUGAAUGGCGACGGCUGCUUUGAAGGGCAGGCAGGUGGCGAUGACAUGGUCACGGACGAAGACAGUGCAGUGGACCGCCGUUCUACCGGAGUAUCGGCCUCGCCGACGUAUGUAAUCGAGCUCGGAGAUUCCGAUGAGGGGGACAACGAGGGUGCAGACAGCUGCGACCUACGUGCCGCCGGAAACCUUGAACAGCUUUCUGAGAAGAGUGGCGAAGACACUCUUCCUUAUCAACGCCAGAACGAAUCCCACAGCACGUAUAACUCGUAUGCGUCAGAAGCAAGCGAACACGAUCUCGGGCAGGUUGAUUCGUCAGGUUCGGAAUCAGAGGGAUCGGAAGCGGACCCCGGCAGUGCAGAGGACUCAACUCAGACCCAUGAAACAGAGGAAGAGGACGAUGAACUUGAGACCGAGGGUGAAGAGGACGGCGAGCGGGGAACUCCUGAGACGAUCAGCAAGCUUCCAGCCCAUGGGUCUGAAACGCAACCUAUUGAUCUCCUAGAUAGCGACGACGAGGAGGCCGAAGAAGACAGCAGCGACUCUGAAACCGAAUCACAUCCCGACAGCGGCGAAGAUAAUCCCUACCCAACGCCACCUUUGCUCGACCCCGAGCAGAGUUCAGCGCCAGGACCAUCGACCCUCGAUCUCUCUGACCCAAACGUUUUAGCGGCAGAACCGACAUAUUCUGCACAGAUACCCGAGCCAUCCCAGUGGGCCCUUCCGGACAUCUUCGCGACCCCUCCAUCAGCCGCUAUGCUAGGGGCCGUUCUCCACAACUUAUCUCAGAACGUGCUGCAGGAGCCCCCGGCCGAGGCCUUCGCCCAUGGAUAUCCGGACAACCCGCAAGCUCCGCCCAUCGAUCCCGAACUAUUGGAUGUUCAAUCUCAACAGGCCGGCUCGGUUUUGGAGGUGUUUGCAGAAGGGUCUCAUGUGCGCGACCUUCAUGCCGACGUUGAGGAAACGGUGGCUGAGGGAGAACCUGGCCUCCAACACCAUCGCAAUGACGACUUUUGCGGCUCGCACGAACUGUCGAUGCGGUCCCUCCCAGUUACGGAUACCUUCGGAGAGCAUCUAGUCGCAGACGCCCCGCUUGAGCCCGAGUCGGGGGAUGAGAAUGGACUGCAGGACUCGUCGAUAUACCAUCCACCGGGAUUCGAAGCGGACGCGACGAGCGCUGAGGCGGAAGGCGCGAUGACAGGCUUGAUUUCAGGCCUAUCCAGGGAUGCUGAUACUGUGCCUACCUGCGGCCUACCAGUGAAUUCUUAUUCACCCUCCGUUCGCAAUCAGGCCGGGACCACUCAGCCAGUGACCACAAUCGGGAGUGAGCUCGUCCUGCAUGUGUUCGAAGAGCCGAGACCACCCCCCUGUGGUGGUGUCGGUACUGAAGAGCGAGAGUGCACCGGUCCAGACCCUCGUCAAAGCCCUGCUCAAGUUUCCGACGGAGGAACUAUCCCCAGUGGAGCCCUGUCCGAGACCAUGGGGCCCGUGAAUUCCUUGACGCCCGGUGAAGCCUCAGGGGGCUCGAAGGAACACGGGAGGGUUGAGGGGGCGGCCGACGCCAAGUAUCAAACAGCAAUGGUGGAGAGACUCGGCAUAAUGCCCAAGGAGGGCUAUUCAAAAGUAGACCAUGCGCAAGAGAGUGAGGAAUGGAGUCAGGAUGACGGAUCUGACGACGACGCUGCAACGCCAGAGCUUGUUGUUUUCGAUGGAGAUGGAUCACCGUCACCGGAGACGGGAUUGUCGAGAGGGCCAUCCGCCAAGCUCCCCGAAACGCAGACGGAGCCGCAGGCUCAGGCGGUUGAACCGCAGAUGAGUCUGCUGUCUGAAUCAGACGAAGAGGUCCCGGCCGCCGUUAGCCCAACGUCUGGCCCUGUGGAGUCUGUCAUCCAAGUGGCAACUGUACCCUUUAUUCUCAAUCAGAUCGACACAGCCCCAUCAGGGUCGCGCAACUUGUCACCCAAUGUCCAAGAUGCUACUCAGCCUCACACCGCAGGAGGACAAAGUGGCCCCGGAUCGCCAAUUUUCCAAACGCUACCGUCUCUGCCGCCGCUGCAACUGGAGAAGGACGUAUCAGAUGAGCAGGGCCUGGGGCAAUCCGAGGGGCUCCCAUGUAGCGCUGCCACUGCGACCGAUACUUCUGAUGUGCAGAAUCAAUCUUGCGAAGACCGAUCUCCUGCAGGAUUAGGGUGCGAAGAUGAUUCAGACGAUGUCGGAUCUCCGCAUGGCAGAGCACUCUCAAGUGACCAGCAUUCUGUCCAUGGCGCCGCAGGCGAGACAUGCAAGUCUCCUAGUGAGCCGCUCUUGCUUGAUUCGUGUGUACCCGAUGGCAACUACGAGAACCACUUGCACAGCGCCACCGGCCCAUCUUCGUUGCCAGAGAGACACAACGUUGUCUCCGACGGAGAUGCCGGCGGGGUUCUCGAGCCAGCAAAUGACGGGGUCGGCGCCGCGGCCGCGACCGAAAGCCAUCCCAAAUCGUUGAAUCCUACGGACACGGACACGGGCUCCACCGAUGAAUCCGAACCGACGAAGCCACCGCCAUCAGAAAGCCCUCCUCUUCAUUGCGAAGGGCAGACUUCCCCAGGAGAGAGCGGAGAAGUCAUCGAGGAGCGAGGAGCGCAGGAAAUAAGAUCAUCUCGGAGACCGACGCCCGACAUGGCCGAGAGCCAAGGCCGGCCUUCCGAUGUCUUGGAAGUGCGAGAGGGCACUCCUGAGUACCGACCGCUUCGCCACCAUCAUGGACGAGGACGGACGAAUGCUACACCUUCGCCCGCUCUCAGACUGCCACGGCACCCAUCGCAUCAGGCUGACAGGUCUUCGCCUGUGCCUAUCGAACCGCCCGUCACUCGGUCCAAUUGCGGUUAUCUCAAACUCCACCUUGUGGAGGGUGAAUACAGUGCCACCGUACUCGUUCCACAAUGCACCUUGGGGGACGCGGAGAGGCUGGAGGAAGAAUCUGCGGCCCAACUCGGGAUGCCUACGCUGGCGGAGGAACGUUGGGCGCAAAAUAACAUGCCCCCGGUGCGCCAACUCCAUCCAGCUCUGCAUUCAAAGCUCUCUCGCAUCACGGGACCGACGAUGCUACAGUCAUAUUCAACGGAGAUGUCCCCUGCCCGUGACCGUACGACCUUCGCCGAUUCUGAACGUUGGCAUGUGUUCAUUCUAGAGGCCUCGGAGGGUGCAAUCGAAUAUGAGCGGAACAUGCGACGCCCUUCUGUUCGGCCCCCGAUACAACGGACACCAGAGCCAAACCGUGACCGCGAAAAUGGCCCACUUUCGACUCCAGGGAGUAGACGGAAACGGUCUCUCUCAGCCGUCACCGAGGAUGGCGUGCACCUGUCAACUGGCAGGAAGUCUGCUCAGGCAAAGGAUGCUGUUGAAGCAUCAGCAUCGCCUCUGCGUCGCUCAUCGAGGUUGCGAAGUACCAGUCAGGCUCCGUCCGAGGCUUCUGAUGCGCCGGCGUUAUCUCCAAGUGCCCCUGGGCCCAUGAAUAGGCGCGUUACUAGGGCAAUGAAGGCGUUGGAAGCGUCAGGUACUUCAAGCUUGGGCGCCCCCAGUGCUACAGAUGGAGAUGCGGCACCCACAGAGUUAUCAGUCGGCGCCGAUGAGUUGUCCCGCGAACCUCAAUGCAAGUUGGGCGCAUCGACUUCCCCUGUUGGCACUCGGCAGCGCAAGCGGAAGUUAGAGAAUCUGGCGGACGGAGACCAGGAUGGCAAUUCCGGGAACAGCACUGAGCGGGAGCACCGAGAGGCGCCAAAGCGCGGAUUCGGCUGGUCUAUUCGACGUUGGUUCGGCCGAUGA